AGGGGUUGCCCGCUGCAAGAGCGAGCGCAGGGCUGCGGCGGCGGCGCCGAAGCAGCAGCAGGAGGAGGAAGAGGAGGAGGAGGAGGAGGAAGGCGCCUGGCUGGCUCGUCUCUCCGGGGCCGGUCGGUCCCAGCUCUGCAGAGCUCAGCGCGAGCGGGAGACCCCCGCCUUGCCUUCGCCUCCGGCUUAGUCGCCCUUUCUCCCUUUCCGAUCACCGCGGGCUUUUUUCGUCCCCACGCGGCACCAUGAGUUUCUCGGAGGAUGCCGCGAAGGAAAAAUUGCUAUGGAAUGUGAAGAAGGAGGUCAAGCAAAUAAUGGAAGAGGCCGUCACCAAGAAGUUUGUGCAUGAAGACAGCAGUCAUAUCAUUGCCCUGUGCGGGAUGGUAGAAAUUUGCCUUCUCCACAUGCUGAAGCGUCGGGCAUCCGGCUUCUUGCGGACGGACAAGAUCGCUGCCCUUUUCACCAAGGUUGGCAAGACGUAUGACGUGGCCAGUGAGAUAUGCAGGAAAGUGCAGGAGUUGCUGCAACAGGCUGAAGGCAGAAAAUACCAGCCAGCUGGCCAAGAAUCCCUGAAGAGGCAAGCUUCAACUACAAGCAAACCCUCUUCUUUGUCCCCACAAGCCAUUAAGCACAUCUGGGUGCGCACCGCCCUGAUUGAGAGGGUGCUUGAUAAAAUCGUGCAAUACCUUGUGGAUAACAAUAGCAAAUAUUAUGAAAGAGAGGCAUUAUUGGCAGAUCCAGUAUUUGGACCCAUCUUGGCUUGUCUUCUAGUUGGGCCUUGUGCCCUGGAUUACACAAAGCUGAAAACGGCUGACCACUUCUGGACAGACCCCUCAGCAGACGAGUUGGUCCAGAGACAUCGGAUUCAUGGAACCCAUAAUCGUCAAGACUCUCCUUCUAAACGGCCAGCCCUAGGAAUCAGGAAGCGUCAAUCAAGUGGAAGCACGUCAGAAGAUCGCUUUGCCGCUUCGGCCAGAGAUUAUGUGGAGUCGUUGCACCAGAACUCACGGACACAUUUAUUGUAUGGGAAGAACAAUGUGCUGGUUCAGCCGAAAGACGACAUGGAGGCCAUUCCGGGAUAUCUGUCGCUUCAUCAGUCUUCUGAUUCUUUAACUUUGAAAUGGACACCAAAUCAGCUCAUGAAUGGGAAUUUGGGGGAUUCAGAACUGGAGAAAAGUAUCUACUGGGAUUACGCCUUGAUUGUACCGUUCAGCCAAAUUGUCUGCAUCCAUUGCCAUCAACAACCUGACCAAGGUGGGACAUUGGUGCUGGUGAGCCAGGAUGGUAUCCAGAGGCCCCCCCUCCAUUUUCCACCUGGUGGACAUCUCCUGGCCUUCCUUUCUUGCCUUGAGAAUGGCCUCCUACCCCGUGGACAGCUGGAGCCUCCAUUGUGGUCCCAACAGGGAAAGGGCAAAGUUUUUCCAAAGCUCCGGAAACGGAACAGCCACAACCGGUCGAUGGACAUGGAAGAAAUGCCAUCGGUCAUGGAGACAGCUACUGAUUAUGUCUUCAGGAUUAUUUACCCAGGCCACAGACACGAAAACAUAACUAUUAACUACCACCACUUAGCUGCCAGCCGCUCUGCCUCCGUCGACGAUGACGAGGAGGAGGAAGACAAGCUGCACGCAAUGCUAUCCAUGAUCUGCAAUCGGAACCUCACAGAUUCUAAAAGGAUGAAAGAUAUUAAUGACAUCACUGAGAUGCAAGGAUAUGGCGCCGGCUUCUUUUCGUGGCAGCUGGACCACUACAGUCAAGGUUCCUUAUGUCUCUCGUGCUCCACGGAUGGUUCUCCUUACAGCCUGCCCAGCUGCUGUACUUGUAUCCAUGACAGAACCCCUCUAAAACUGUUGUGUGAAAGUAUGAAGAGGCAGAUUGUUUCCAGAGCCUUCUAUGGAUGGCUUGCUUACUGCCGUCACUUGUCCACUGUCCGAACUCACUUGUCUGCGUUGGUGAACCAUUCCAUCAUCCCACCAGAUAAACCCACAAGUGCUGCAGAGGGACUGACCAAAGAGGUCUGGAGCAAGUACCAGAAGGAUAAGAAGAAUUACAAGGAAUUGGAGCUGCUCCGACAAGUCUACUACGGUGGGGUGCAACAUGAAAUUCGGAAGGAGGUGUGGCCGUUCUUGCUGGGACACUACAAGUUUGGCAUGAGCAAGAAGGAAAUGGAGCUGGUGGACGGGGACAUUGUGCACCGAUACCAGAAGGUGAUGAGCGAGUGGAAAGCCUGCGAGGUGGUGGUGAAACUUCGGGAGAAAGAGUCUCAGACGGCCACCAAGUUUUCCUCCGGGAGCAGCAUAGAUAGUCACGUACAGCGGCUGAUCCACAGGGAUUCCACCAUCAGCAAUGAUGUGUUUAUUUCUGUGGAUGAAAUGGACUCCGUAGACCGAGACCUGAAGGCCCAUGAAGAACCGUCUUUGACCAAGGUUUGCCUAGACGCGCCCGCAGUUGUGGUGGCAGUGGACCAACAACAGUCAGUAGAGUUUGAUUCGCCUGACUCCGGGCUCCCUUCUUCUCGGAAUUACUCCGUCACAUCAGGCAUCCUCUCCAGCAUCGAUGACGGACAGAGCAUCUGCUUUGAGGAUGGGACCGAAGAGGAAACCGGCCCGGAGCUGCAGAGACCGGAUCUGGAUCAUGUUUCACCAAUCAAGGGCUCAGCAAUGGAGGAGCAGACGUGUUCCCAAGCAGACUCUAAAACAGCAGCAGAAGACAGCAUCUCUGUGUGCUCCGCUUCUUAUACGAUAGAAAUGCUGGACACUGUUGCCUUAAACUUACAUAGAAUUGACAAAGAUGUUCAGAGGUGUGAUAGAAAUUAUUGGUAUUUCACUGCUGAGAAUCUGGAGAAGCUUCGAAAUAUUAUGUGCAGCUAUGUUUGGGAACAUUUAGAAGUCGGCUACGUCCAAGGAAUGUGUGACCUUCUGGCUCCUCUCAUGGUUAUACUUGACAAAGAUGAGCUGGCUUACAGCUGCUUUACUCAUCUGAUGAAGCGAAUGAGCCAAAAUUUCCCCAACGGAGGUGCCAUGGACACACAUUUUGCAAACAUGAGGUCUCUUAUCCAGAUUUUAGAUUCUGAGCUCUUUGAAUUGAUGCACCAGAAUGGAGAUUAUACGCACUUCUACUUCUGCUACCGGUGGUUCCUGCUAGAUUUUAAAAGAGAAUUGUUGUACGAGGAUGUAUUUACAGUGUGGGAAGUUAUCUGGGCGGCGAAGCACAUCUCUUCCGAACAUUUUGUCCUUUUCAUUGCCUUAGCACUGGUGGAGUCCUAUCGAGAGAUUAUCCGUGACAACAACAUGGACUUCACUGAUAUCAUCAAGUUUUUUAACGAGAUGGCGGAACAUCACAAUGCCCAAGAGAUUCUGAAGAUAGCAAGAGAUUUAGUCUGCAAGGUCCAGACACUGAUUGAGAAUAAAUGAAAGUCGGAGCUGCUGGGAGAAUGCGAAGUUUAGCAUCACUGCAAAAAGC